AUGGCUGACGGAUCUGUUAAUUCCUCUGAAAGGACCAUUUCUGAUGCCCCUCCCUCAUCGAUUACUUCAACCGUAACCACCCUCUCCACGGCUCAUCACUUCAUUAGCGUCAAAUUGACUCAUCGAAACUUCUUAUUUUGGAGGGCUCAUGUUGUUCCUUUUCUCAAUGGAUAUGAUCUAAUGGGUUUCAUUGACGGAACCAAUCCUUGUCCGCCGGCCACGAUCUCGUCCGGCGAAGAGGGAGCGCUGCCUCAGCCGAAUCUUGCUUAUCAUCCAUGGGUUCGUCAGGAUCAGGCACUUCUCGCUAUGCUCAUGUCAUCGUUGUCUGAUGAAGUUAUGUCCUUGGCUAGCGGACAUCACACCAACCGUGCAAUGUGGACAGCCGUUACCUCCGAACUUGCCUCUUCAUCUCAGUCUCGCUCGUUGGACCUUAUCGGGCAAAUUCAGACAUUGCAACAAGGUGAUGCUUCCGUCACUGAUUAUAUCGGCCAUGCACAGGUUCUCAUUGAGGAUCUAACUCUCACCGGCCGGCACCUUCCGCUUGAAGAACAAAACCUUUACGUAUUUCGGGGUGUGCGACCUGAAUUUCGGGGUCUUGUAUCUUCUCUUAAUGUCCGAGGAACACCGGUGACCCUUCAUGAACUCUCAGGCCUCCUCAAUGCCGAGGAGUUCGUCGUCGGCAGUGGAGAACCGUCGCCGACAACUUUUUCCGUCCAGAAAUCCGGGCAGUCUCGUGGCGGUAGUGGCAGCCGUCGCGGGAAUGGCAGUGGUCAUGGUCGUGGUGGUAGGAAUGGCAAUCGCCAACCGAAGUGUCAACUUUGUGGAAACUUUGGGCACACGGCACAUACGUGUUACAAACGGUAUGAAAAGGAUCCACAGGCUAAUAUGGUUUAUCAGGGAGCUCCUUCAGAUUCUUCACCAGACACUCAUACUUGGUUCCCAGACACAGGUGGAAUGAAUCAUGCGACUCCAAAUAUAGCGGCACUCUCUAUCUCAGACAAAUAUAAUGGUAAUGACACACUCCGUGUCGGUGAUGGUAGAGGACAUCAACACCAAGGAGAUUCUUCUUCGGGGCAAUAG